UUGUGUGAUUUUUUUUUUCCUAGCCCGUUCUUCACUCACACUCUCGCUCAGCAGAGAUUCAGAGGUCGGGAGCAGAGAUUCUCACAGGGACAAGGGGUGGAAAACAGGAAACUGCUUUUCCCUUCUGCCACCACAUAGGAGACACAAACAAGAGGAAAAGACAUCAACAACAACAACAACAACAAAAAGAUGGAGAGGACGCAGGGAGACGGAGAGGUGGACCACCUGGAGCGGCCAAGCCCGCUGACUGACAAGGAGAGGGUGAUGAUCCAGGCCUCCUGGGGAAAAGUCUACCAGAACUGUGAUGAUGUCGGGGUGGCCAUACUAGUCAGAUUCUUUGUCAACUUCCCCUCCUCCAAGCAGUUUUUCAACCAGUUCAAGCACAUUGAGGACGCGGAGGAGCUGGAGAAGAGCGCCCAGCUCAGGAAGCAUGCUCGGAGAGUUAUGAAUGCCAUCAAUACACUGGUGGAAAACCUUGACAACUCAGAUAAGAUGGCGUCGGUGCUGAAGCUAGUGGCCAAGGCCCAUGCACUCCAACACAAGGUGGAGCCUGUGUACUUCAAGAUUCUGAGCGGUGUAAUCCUAGAAGUCCUGGGAGAAGAAUUUCCAGAGGUCAUCACACCUGAGGUGGGCGCAGCAUGGACAAACCUCUUGGCCACGGUUUACUGCAGUAUCUCUGCCAUCUACAAGGAACUGGGCUGGGAAAAGCUCUCAACCUCGACUGGUUGAACGUUUUAAACUUGGACUACCCAUAUGGAAAAGAAGUAGUAAAAUUUUCUUAGAAAUAUACACGCUCUCUAAUAGUAAAAGUUAGUUUUAUAUACAUACAUAUCGUAAUACUAUGAUUUACUCAUGAUUGU